GGGGGGAUGAAGGCACCAUAUAAUUUUAAUUUUCUCCCUCGCUCCCUAUAAGUAUGUUUGCUUUGCGCUCUUGAAGUUCCACACCCAUAUUUGCCAUAUUCCUCAGUACAUGCAUCCAAGCUCAGUCAUCAUGUCACCACUACCCAUUCUUCUACUCCGUGCCAUCCUGGCCAUCAUUUCCGUGCUCGCAACUUCUCAUCCUCUCGUCAGGCAUUCUUAUGUCAUUGCUAGCAGUAGUUUCAUCGGAAAUUAUGAUCGAACCGCUGCUAGAGGUGAGGUGGAGGCACUCUUGAAAUGGAAAUCCAGCCUCAAAGGCCAAGGCCGUCCUCUCUUGUCCUCGUGGAAUGCUACUAUCCCGUCGUGCAGCUGGGUGGGGAUAUCAUGCGAUAGUUCUCGGAGAAUCGUAAGCCUGAACAUCUCUAGCUAUGACCUCUACGGUACGCUCAGAAACUUCGACUUCUCCUCCUUCCCCGACAUGACCACUCUCGUGCUAGCCAAUAUUUCUCUGUCGGGAACCAUCCCUCCGAGUAUUGGUAACCUUUCCAAGCUCAAUCACCUCGAUUUGCCGCAAAAUCACCUUUCAGGUUCGAUUCCUGAUUCACUCGGAAGGUUGGGCAAUUUAACCAACUUAUCUCUUAAUGAGAACAAUCUCUCUGGCCAAAUUCCUUCUGCCAUAUGCAACUUGAGUAAGCUUAGUGUGCUAUAUUUGAACAAGAAUCAGCUCACUGACUCACUUCCAAGAGAAAUUGGGAAGCUGGAAUCACUAACUGAUUUAAGACUUAUUGAAAACGAGCUCUCUGGCCAUAUUCCUUCCACCAUUGGCGACUUGAGUAAGCUUAGUUUUCUAUAUUUGCACAAGAAUCAACUCACUGGCUCAAUUCCAAGUGAAAUUGGGAAGCUGGAAUCACUCAGUGAAUUAGAUCUUUCUGAGAACGAGCUCUCUGGCCAUAUUCCUUCUACCAUUGGCAACUUGAGUAAGCUUAGUUUGCUAUAUUUGUACGCGAAUCUGUUCAAUGGCUCAGUUCCAAGAGAAAUCGGGAGGCUGGAAUCACUCACUUAUUUAAGUCUUCAUGAUAAUAAGCUCUCUGGCCAUAUUCCUUCUACCAUUGGCAACUUGAGUAAGCUUAGUGUGCUAAAUUUGUACAAGAAUCAGCUCACUAGCUCAGUUCCAAGUGAAAUCGGGAAGCUAGAAUCACUCAUUAAAUUAGCUCUUUAUGAUAAUAAGCUCACUGGCUCAAUUCCAAGUGAAAUUGGGAAGCUGGAAUCACUCAGUGAAUUAGAUCUUUCUGAGAACAAGCUCUCUGGCCAUAUUCCUUCUACCAUUGGCAACUUGAGUAAGCUUGAGGUGUUAUCUAUGUUCACGAAUCUGUUCAGUGGCUCUCUUCCCGUAGAGAUGAACAAUCUCACGCAAUUAACGAAUCUGCAUUUGGGUGAUAAUAAUUUCACUGGCAACCUACCUCCCGAUGUAUGCCAGGGUCGUGUGCUUGUAAGAUUUUCUGUGCAUUCUAACUUCUUCACUGGGCCCAUUCCACGAAGCCUGAAGAAUUGCUCAACUCUAUUUAGAGUCAGGCUUGAAUACAACCAACUCACUGGAGACAUAUCAGAUGCUCUCGGCAUAUACCCAAAUCUAAAUUAUCUUGAUUUGAGUAAUAAUGAGCUCCACGGAAUGCUCCCUGCAAGAAUUGGGCAAUACAACAAUUUGACCCUCUUGAGAAUGUCCAACAACAAAAUCUAUGGGGCUUUACCUUCUGAGCUUGGAAACAUGAAAAAGCUUACAAUCCUCGACCUCUCGACAAAUAAUCUUUCUGGGGGAAUCACAAAAGGCCUUGCAAAACUAAAGGAACUUAUUAAACUUUUAUUGGAGAAUAACAAACUCACGGGGAGCAUUCCUCCUGAGAUUGGGAUGAUUUUGACUUUGCAAAAUCUAAGCCUCUCUAAGAACAGACUAGUGGGCCCCAUCCCUAAGCUACUCGGGAACUGCAUCGACCUGUUGUCCUUGAACUUAAGUGGGAAUGAAUUGCAUGACAGUAUUCCCAUCGAGAUAGGUAGUCUACGAUCUCUAGAAAUCCUUGAUCUUAGUGGAAACUCCUUGGUUGGAGAAAUACCGGAGCAGCUUGGACGGUUGCAGAGUUUAGAGACCCUAAACCUCUCACACAACAAUCUCUCUGGUGAGAUUCCAUCAACUUUCAAUGAUAUGGCAGGUUUGAAAAUAGUUGAUGUCUCCUAUAACCAGUUGGAGGGUCUGAUACCCAAUAGUACAGCAUUCCAUAAUGCUUCAAUCGAUGUUGUGAGAGAUAAUAAAGGCUUAUGCGGAGGAAUUGUAGGUCUUAAGCCAUGUCCUUUGGAGAAGGGAAACGGAAAGUUGUUGGUGAUUUUGCUCCCUAUAAUUGCUAUUCUACUUCUUUUUAUGGUCACUUUUGGAUUUUGGCACACUAUGAUUGGUCGGACCAAAAGAAAUGUGGAGGACCAAUUGGUCUCUACUAAUGGGAAUUUGUUUGCAAUAUGGAGCUACGACGGAGUAAUAGUGUACGAGAACAUCAUCGAAGCCACCGAGGAAUUCGACUCAAAGUACUGCAUUGGGUCUGGAGCAUACGGGAGUGUUUACAAGGCAAGGUUGUCGACCGAUCAGAUUGUUGCGGUGAAGAAAUUCCAUAUUAUGCCAAACGAAGACACAGUUGGCACUACUGAGAGAGCAUGGCAGAAGGCUUUCAAGAGCGAAAUCCGAGCUUUGACAGAGAUCCGACACCGUAACAUUGUCAAACUAUAUGGCUUUUGCUCAUCGCCGAGGUACUCUUUUCUUGUGUACGAGUACUUGGAAGGUGGGAGCCUAGAAAAUCUUUUGAGCGACCAUGAGACUGCAGCAAGAUUUGGGUGGCUUGAGCGCAUGAAUGUGGCAAGAGGCGUGGCAGAUGCACUGUGCUACAUGCACCAUGACUGUUCUCCAGCUUUAAUUCACCGCGAUAUUUCUAGCAAAAAUAUUCUUCUCGAUGUGGAGUAUGAGGCCCAUGUCUCGGACUUCGGGACAGCAAGAUUUAUGAAACCAGAUUCAUCAAAAUGGACUUCAUUUGCCGGCACAUUUGGAUAUGCCGCUCCAGAGCUUGCAUACACCAUGGAGGUAAACGAGAAGUGCGAUGUCUACAGUUUUGGAGUCUUAACCCUAGAGUUAAUCAUGGGAAGACAUCCGGGAGAUCUCAUAUCAUCCUCUCUUAGUAGUGUUUAUCAUAUGCAACUCAAGGAGAUAUUGGACCAGCGUAUUCCAUAUCCCAAAGAUGAAAUUAUGGCUGAUUUGAUUUCUAUCCUAGAUAUAGCAUUUUCGUGCUUAAGCUAUAGAUCAAAGUCCCGUCCCAGUAUGAAGCAAGUUUCUCAAGGUUUAUCCACUCGAAGAUCCAACACGCCUGAUUAUUCUUGGGAGAUCAAACUUGGAGAAUUGUUCAAUUUGAGAGGCUUGAUUUUGUGAAAGUUUCCUCGUUAACCCAUUCAAAGGUAUUGAUAUAUUUAUUGUCUUAGUACGUAUAGUAACUGCACUUUCUUAUUCGGAAUAGCAAAUCUUUGGACAAGUUGAUCUUUACACUGAACAUAGCAGUUUCAUGUCUAAGCUGCAGCCAAAAUUCACAUCCAAGUUCGCAACAAUUUUAUCGAUGUCUACAUGCUCGAAGAUCCACCAUGGCUGACUGGUUCUUGGAGAUCAAUCUAGGAGAAGUAUUAAGUUAAUUUCAGGGACUCGAGUUCGCGAAACUUUGAUCUUGUAUGUAGUUUCUUUGCUACUUAAUUAAUGAUGGAACCCAUUCCGUGCAAGGAUCUUGUAAUUUUUCCAUUUCCUCUGGUACUGUUUUCUCCAAGCUUCCUCUCAGUCGUAUUGUCAUGUUGGUGAUUAUAACGUAUCGAUAGGCAUAUACAAUGUCGAUAUACAUAUCUUCUAUUGCAUUUCAUAUAUUUCAAUAAUAGUAGAGGUGUUGCCUGCA